CGGCCGUCAUGGCGGCCCCCUGAAUCCCACGGCGGAGGGGUCGAAAGCGACUCCCAGGCCCUGGUCGCGGCGAGUGCUCCUGUCUCAGGAGUGACAGAUGCAGCCAUGGAUGAGGUGACCUUCAGGAGUGACACCGUGCUGUCGGACGUCCACCUCUAUACUCCCAACCACAGGCACCUCAUGGUGCGGCUGAACAGCGUGGGCCAGCCCGUUUUUCUCUCCCAGUUCAAGCUUCUAUGGAACCGAGACUCGGGGACAGACUCGGGACCUGAGCUUGCCUGUCACGGAGAUAUGCAUGCCCGCAAGGCCCCUCCCCCUGGGUCAGGCAGCCCAGGGUCUCCUCCUCCGAGAAGCAGCCACACUGGUGAGGCUUUGGCUCUCCAGGCUGGCCAGGAAGGGCUGGGUGCUCAGCUGGAUGAGGACGGGGAUCUGGAUGUGGUGAGGAGACCACGGGCCACCUCGGAGCCUGACCUGGCCAAGCCUCCAAGAGACAAGGUACAUCCCACCAUCCUAACGCAGGAGGAAGCCGACGCCCUGGGACCCGAGGCGCCGGAAAGCUGUCCCCACAGCAUCAUCCAGAUAGAGCAUACCAUGGCCACCCCCCUGGAGGAUGUUGGCAAGCAGGUGUGGCGGGGCGCUCUGUUCCUGGCAGAUUACAUCCUGUUCCGACGGGACCUCUUCCAGGGGUGCACGGCGCUGGAGCUCGGGGCAGGCACGGGCCUGGCCAGCAUCGUGGCAGCCACAGUGGCCAGGACGGUGUACUGCACAGAUGUUGGCGCGGACCUUCUGGCCAUGUGCCAGCGAAACGUUGUCCUCAACAGCCACCUGGCAGCCGCUGGAGGUGGUGUGGUUAAGGUCAAAGAGCUGGACUGGCUGAAGGCGGACCUCUGCACAGACCCCUCGGUCCCCUUCAGCUGGUCAGAGGAAGACAUCGCCGACCUGUACAACCACACCACCAUCCUGUUCGCCGCCGAAGUGUUCUACGACGACGACCUGACAGAUGCACUGUUUAACACGCUCUCCCGACUGGUGCACAGACUGAAGAACGCCUGCACCGCCAUCCUGUCCGUGGAGAAGAGGCUCAACUUCACUCUGAGACACCUGGACGUCACGUGCGAAGCCUACGACCACUUCCGCUCCUCCCUGCAGGCACUGGAGAAGCUAGCCGAGGGCAGACUGCGCUUUGCGGUGGAGCCAGUGGAGGCCUCCUUCCCGCAGCUGCUCAUUUACGAGCGCAUCCGGCAGCUGGAGCUCUGGAAGAUCGUCGCAGAGCCCGCACCGUGACCCAUUCCCUCCAUGAGGAAUGACGGCAUGCCCUCUAUCUUUCUAAUAAAAGCAAAAGCUCCUCCACACCAGCCAUUUCAGAGACUGUUGUUUCAGAGUCGUGUUUCAACCAGUUUUCCUGCAGCCCUGUCCUUCCCCGCUAUGCACUUGCUGUUACUCGCUGUCCUUGUAGCCCUGCUGCCCACAGGGCAUCUGUCCUCACUCUCUUGGCUCUCCUCCCCCCCCCCUUCAGGCGCACCCAGUGGCUCAUGCCUCCGUCUGGAGCCUGGCACUAGGGAGUCAAAGCUCACCUUGUCUCCUCACAAACCUGGUGGUGGGCAGCAGGGCUGCACCCUUUGCCCAGCUGAGACGACAGAGGCUGCCAGAGGAGCAGUGCCCCCGCGAGGCCAGGGCCCCACCAUGCCUGCUCCCCCCACCACGUCCCCGCCUUAUCACCUGGCACAGAACAGGAACAUUACGUCUCCGGGGGGGAUUAUUAAUACAGAUUAUUAAGUGGAGCCUUGUUUCAUAACCA